UACCAACACGCUCAGGAACUACUCAGGUUAAUGAAUGAAGAAGCAAUGAAGACGUUUCUGACGCCUCAAGAAGACUCUGAAUAAAUGAAACUCUUAACUGGAAAAUGUAAUCUUCUUGUGUGGGAGAAAGAAAAAUUGGAUAGAGAAUGCUUUGAGGCCAGAGAAAGAGAAAGGGGUCUAAGAAAUGACCUGAAUGUGCUGUCUCAUCAGCUUUAUCUGCAAGAGAAAGUUAACCGUGAGCUACGAGGAACACUUGAGCAGCUUACCAAUGAAGUUCAGCAUAAAAGGGAGCUGGUUGACAUUCUGCAGCAGCAAGUGAAGAUGCUGGUAGAAGACAGUGCUCAGAAUAACAGCGUGUUGGGACAGGAUCUGGAGAAUAUUUUCCUUGACCUUGAGCAGCUGCAGGGGACUGAAUCCCAUCUGAAAAACCUGGUAGAGAAACUUCAACAAGAGAAUAAAGUCAAGACCAAGCAUGUAAAUUAUCUGCAGGCAGAACUAGAGAGAAAAACACAUGAGCUCCAGGAAAGCCAAAGGCUUCACGAACAUGCUAUCAGCGAGCAAAGGAAAGAGAAUCAGGGAAGCUGAAGAAGCUCCGAGAAACUGCUUCUCAAUUUGAGUGGUUCUGUCAGCAGCAGCAGAACUGGAUUUGCUGUAUACAAAGAUGUAAAACAUGCAUGACAGAAGACAAGAAAGCCUUACUUAGAAAGAUUAUGACAAUGGAGGAUGAAUUGACACAUUCCAGACAGGAAGCACAACAGCAUCAAACAUAUAGUAUUGCUUCAAGCGGCAAGGUCAG